AUGUGUGCUGGGCAAAACGUCGCGAUAUUGUCCUGGAUAGAGGAUGUUGCGAGGAGCGUGCCCAAAACCCCGCCCAACACUGAUCGGUUCGAGAAACUGCAUCCACCAUUUCCGUCCGCCUACCUGAAGACAUCGCCUGCUCUGGCCCCAUCAAGUUCCGCGGCUAGUCGAGGUGGGAGGUCACGUUCAUCUAGUCCAUCACGCGUGAAAGCAGAACUAGCCGCCGCCACCCCCCGGGUCGUCUACGUACAUGAAUCUACCGACCCGAACAGCGUCGUUGCGUCUCAGCUAUUGGCAACUCUAACACAGGGCUCUGAGUUCGGCCCGGAUGAAAAUAUUGCUCGGAAAAUCUCGAAUGCGUCGUGUCAAUGUGCUACUGAACUGCGCAGUGAAGGUUCCUGGUUGAACAAGGUCGCACUGCCGUUGUUGGAGGGGGCCAUUGCGGAAUUGCCGUUAGAGUCCCGCGAUACAUACAACCGCAAAGUGGACCUAGUUGUCGGUCUGCCUGUUGAGUUUUGGAAAGUAGACUAUGAACAGGCGGGGCUCAAUACACCAGGGAAAUGCUUCAGCCAUAUAACCCAUCCACACACUGGAAAACGCAUUCUGGGCCCUGGUGUUGAGAUUAAAGCCGCGGACGGAAACUUAGUAGAGGCGCAAGUCCAGCUUGGGGUAUGGAUGACAGGACUACUUAUGUGGGCUUUCGCACAACGGAAGAGUGUGAAAGACUUGCCUCCGCUUGUUGGUUGUACUGCUGUCGGAGAGGACUGGAAAUUCUAUAUUGCAAUCGGGGUCGAAGGGUCUGGCGUUCUGGGAGAAGUACGCAUCUGGGGUCCUUUAUCUGACUUGGACGGCCGCACCACGAGUGUCAAACAUACCACAUCUCUUCUGGGAACACUUCGCCGCGUCAUGGAAUACACAAUCGGGCAGUACAAGGAAGGAAUUUUCCGAGCGGUUACUUCUGGGACUUAA